GUGAUCCAAAGUCGACCAUUCGAGAUUAUACCUUGUGUUGGUCGGUCUGAUUCUGGGGCCGACGCCCAGUCGUAACAACCCGUGGGUUUUCUAGCGAUUUCCACCGGCUUUUUUCAAACCGGACGUAUGGGCAGCAUCGAUAACGUCCAUUUCCGGAUCCGGAUUGUGACGAGUUUGGACUGGUGACGCAAUUGGCAUCAUGGUCGAUUUGUUUAAUUCAUGAUUGAUUGAAUUAAUACCUACUGGUUCUUUGGCUUUACUCCCUUAAAGAAGCGUGGGAUAAGUCAUCGACAAGUCGUGGGUUGUUCGGUCGAAUGAUCGUAACAAUCAAGACGCUUUUGGUGAAUCAAAUUUCAAAUGUCAGAUUUGAACUUUCCCUAACUUUCCACCAAAGUAAUGCCGGCGACGGUUGACAAAUCUUUUGAUGUGUGAAUUCACCGGAGGUCGGAUGAAAGAGCGCCAAACAAAGAAAUGCUAAAUGAAUCGAACUCAUUUGGGGCAUUCGGUUUCGAAAAUCAUCAUAAAUACAAGCCCUCGAGGAGGAAGAAUUCUGAAACAUCAGAGAGUUCUGAGUGUGGUGCAGUCUUUUUUCAAUUUGUACGCCUCUACAAAACCUCGUUUUUUUCCUUCGAGGAAACUCGUGGUGGGGGCUAAUGAAGUGCCUUUCAUGACUUUAAUGUCCCAACCCGCUGCUAGUUGUGCAUAUAGGAAAAUCGGACUCUUUAUUUCACGCUCCACAACCGUCUCAUUAUGAAUAUGGCCAUGAAUAGGUUACGACGUUCGAUUCGUCGUCGUCGGCAUCAAAGCCCUCAGCCUCGUGGACAACUUGCUGUCAACACUCCAGGUCCAACGGCCUUGAUUUUCAAUUCCGUAAGAGAUCCGACUCCGGAACGAGUCGUCGUGCCGAAGGAUACGCUGGAAAUGGCUGUCAAUAUAUCUGGCUUGAGGCGCAACAUCAAAAAUGUGGCCCAUAAUUACACGGAUGCCCAGGUCAAAGUCCGCGAAGCCACAUCGAACGACCCAUGGGGUCCAUCGUCCACCAUGAUGUCGGAAAUUGCGGACCUCACUUACAAUGUGGUGGCCUUCUCAGAAAUCAUGCAAAUGGUGUGGAAACGCUUGAAUGAUCAUGGUAAAAACUGGCGGCAUGUAUACAAAUCAUUGGUGCUUUUAGAAUAUCUCAUUAAAACCGGAAGUGAAAAGGUUGCUCAGCAAUGUAAAGAGAACAUCUUUGCCAUCCAAACUUUGAAGGAUUUCCAAUACUUAGAUGAUAAUAAGGAUCAGGGGAUCAACGUCAGAGAAAAGGCCAAGGCGUUGGUUGCACUUCUUAAAGACGACGAGCGGCUCAGAAAUGAACGUGUCCGAGCCCUGAAAGCUAAGGAACGGUUUGCACAAUCGGCAGCAGGCAUAGGCAACGACACUGUAUACACUCAUAACCAACAACGAAUCGAGGCCCAUCGAAGACAUCAAAGUGAUACUGGUGAAUAUGAGCCCUCCAAUCCGGAAAUCGAGGCUGCUCGACCUCAAACAGCGGGCGAAGAGGAACUCCAGCUCCAAUUGGCCUUGGCCAUGUCUCGCGAGGAAGCCGAGCAGGAGGAGAGCAAGACGAAGUCCGAUGAUAUCAGACUUCAGCUUGCUCUUCAAAAGUCACGGGAAAACGACGGCGAAAAGAAAACCUUGACCAGGCCUUCCAACGACUUGCUCGAUCUUGACUUCGGCAAUCCCAUUGUUGAGAACAUCUUCCCCUCGCAACCUCCACCUCCUACCAGAACCCAAGCUUCUCUGGAUCCAUGGGGAAUGCCCGAGCGAAGUGGAGAUUCCACCACGGAUAGCAAUGACGACCCGUGGGGUGGAUCACAACAGCAGCAGCCAGCGUCUGAUAUGAAGGCUCUAACAUUCAGUUCUGAUAACGGCAAUAACGAUCCUUGGUCCCCGGUUCAGCCACCGCAAGCUCGUCUCUCGCCCAUGCCACCAGGUUUUGGCAACAAUAAUGGGCAAUCUGUACCAUUUGCAUCGACUUCACCCACUAUGUUGGCGAGUGGAGACGGACACGGACGUUUUCCGCCCGCCUCUGCCAAAAGCCCGUCAAAUAAUGAUCCUUGGUCGACGGUGAAGAAUGACAAUAAUGGUCACGAACCUGAGUCCAUUGAUCCUUUCUCUCCCCAAGCUCAGAGCCAAUUGGAAGAAUUUGACAUGUUCCGGUCGGAAAUCGAAACAAUAGGCCCAGACGGAGGAAUGGAUUCUGCUUUCGGAGGAACUGAGUCGAAAAGAGGUGUGACGUCUCCAAAUCCAUUUGAUAUGGGUGGUUUGUCAGCAGAACUAGGGUCUAGCCCCAUCCCUCCUGGUACAUCAUGUUCGUCCAAGGCGACUGGAACGAAGCCGAAAAUUGUGCAAUCCCUCCUUGGCGAGCACUCCAACCUUGUUAAUCUCGAUAAUUUGGUUUCUACAAUUAAUAGCACUACAGCCCGCAAUCCAUUUGAAACUAAUCCUCCCAAUCCUUUCCAAGCCAAAGUUCAGAAGCCACCCAUGAAUGCGCUAAUGCAACAGAACUAUGCCGGAUCAAACAACUGGAAUCAACAUCAGCAAUCCACGCAGCAAACCCGAGAUUCGGCGUUUGAUCCUUUCAUGUAGAAACGCGUGUCAGUGUCACCGCCACUACUCUCGCGUCAUUGGUCAAAGGAUUAGACUUGAAAUCAUGAAGUUAUGAAUUACUACUUACAUACGACAAUUAUCACACCCAUAAUCGUGGUCAGCCCAAAUGUUAAGCCGAUCACGAGAUACAUUGGACUACUGAUUCUACUACGUACACUUUUAUACAUUAGCACCAACCAGCAUGGAGACGUGAAUGUUCCAACACCACAAAAAGAGGUGGCAUUUCUAGAGCAAAGAGUGAUGGGGCGUGGUGGCACCUAGAGUUUUUUAUUUACGUGCCAAUCAUCUCAGUUUCGGUUCGAUCGACUUGACGAUGUAACUUGUCUUACUUACCCCAAGUGAGUCACGAACCUAACGAUUUCAAUCUUAGAUCGCCCCAUGCGACCAAAAGCUAUCUUCAUGCAGUAGAGCCUAGUAUAACCCAUCCACCCAUAAUGCGCUUUUGAAGCUGAAGCGAGUAGGGUUUUUAAUGCCCCCUAGCUGUAGAUACAUUCUUCUCGUGAAGCACAGACACAUACACUCGUAUUAAUGCUAUCAAAACACCUCUUGCAGACUAAUUUCGACAAUAUAUGAUGGCGAACCAGACCGUAAAAGCUAUGAGCGCUUGCUUGCAUUCUAUCUGCUUGUAUGAAAUAAAUCUUUUUAUCACAUGCAAA